AGAGGUGGUACUGCGGCGCAGCGUCUGGCUGCAGCAUGGUGGGACGGAUGCGCAGAAGGAUGCGACACGGACUGGAGAAAGUUGAAAGAUGCUGCACAAGGCAGUGGACUUUACGUAGCUAAAAUAGAGCUGCAAACAAGACGUCACUCUUCCUCUCACCUCCCAUGACAGGACUGUUUUCUUUGGGCUGCGUAAACACACACACACACACACACAUAUACAUACAUACAUACACACACAUGUAUGCGUUCAUCGGUUACUCCACCUGCAUGAACUGUGUGCCAGCAGCGGAGCAGCAGCGGGACGCGGGCUGGUGUCUGUAGCUCGUCCUGUAAUUAUCUCUCAUUAGUAGAUAUCCAGGAGAUCAGCACGUCGGCUGCUCAGCUUGCAAGAUGAGCUUCAAGAGCUUUACGGAUUACCUGGCCUGGCUGUACUACCAGUACCUCCUCAUCACCGGCAUCUAUGUCCUGGAGCCCUGGGAAAAGUCCAUCUUCAACUCCAUCCUCUUCUCCGCCAUCGCCAUGGUGAUCUACACCUCAUAUGUCUUUGUGCCCAUCCAUGUGCGCCUCGCACUGGAGUUUUUCUCUGGGAUCUUUGGCGGCCAGCCCGAGAGCACCAUGGCACUCAUGAACUAAAAGAAGGAGAGAAUAUGGGGGGAAGAAGCAGCGACUGGGUGGAUUAGCAUAAGUCCCCAAAUCAUUUCCUAUAACUCAACUUCUCCUCAGCUCCUGAAAUACCUCUUUACACAAUGUUCACCCUUGUCAGUCACCUCAGCUAAUCCAGACUGAAAACAUGAAGAUCUUAGCCUUAAUAUCUUCUUUACAUCCUAAACCCUCUGGCCUUACCCCAUGGUAUUAGACUCACGACUGUACAAUGCUUUCACACCCUCGCUGUGAAACGUCUUGUGAAAUGUUGUUUGUCCUGUUUGUUUUAUCCCACCACAUGUCCUGUGUGAAUGCAUACCACCUCUGGGUUUUGCAUGAUAGGGUCAUAUGUGGGUUGUAUAUUUGCAUGCUCGUCUCACAACAAAUGCUCCUAGACUCUUUUUUUUUUUUGUGACAGUCUUUAAAGGGGCAGUCCAGCGAUCUAGUUUGUCACUUCUGGGAAAUUGGAGGACAAAUUAAAAAGAGAGUGGUCAUAAUUAAACCAGCAGAGGAUGAGAUAUCCAGACUUUUAAUCAUGCAUAGUGAAUUUCACAUAAUAGAACUCAAUAGGGUCUUCUGGCAGACGCUCCCUGAAUGGUUAUCCUCAAAACCCUAAGCAUGUUCAGCCUGCUGAAAAUUUGCAGUCUUCAAACCCAAACUGAAAUUGCACUGAUGACUUUGACUGUGCCAGAAAUCACUGUUUACUAUAUAGUGCACUAUAUUUAACCUCCCCUAUAUGUCUGAAAUCAGAUUUUAUGCACUGCAUAGUACCCUCAAAAGUUGCAUUAAGUGUGCAUGGCAUGCAUAAAUGUAACGUCAAGAGUAAACUAUGACGUUUUAAAAAUAUUUAUAGAGUAGUAAGUAAGGUGAAUGAGGAAGUGAUUUCAGAUACAGCCUUAGAAAAAGCUCCAUUCAUCGUUGCAGAAGACAUUAUACGACUGUGUGUGUGUCUGUGUUUAUCACUGAUUGUGAAUCGUGAAGGGGAGUUAGUAUUCAUUCCAGCAAUUUUGACAUGCACUUAAUGUUGCUGGUUUAUCUAUGGUUUUGUAUCAGAGUCACCAUUGCCUUUUUUUAAUUUUUAUAAAGUUGCCUUUAUGUACUCUAAUGCUCACUGGCAGGGAACGCUGUACAAUUCAAGUCACUGUAUAGCCAAUCUUCAAAGAGAGAGAGAGAGUUGUUAGAAAAGAAAAGCAAAGCUAUGCAAUCAAUAUUAAAACGUCAUUGAUCAGGGGUCUGUCACAAAGUUCAAGAAAGUUUGUCCUAGGCCCACAUUUCUCGGUUUCCUCAUCAAAAUGAGUAAUAAAACGAGAUCAUGGCAUUGACGUGUGCCAAGCCCUCUCUUUAUCUACCGUUUUUUAAUUGUUAGGUAUGUCGGGAAGGUUUGCUCAGCACUGAGCAUGAGCAAAUAUUGAUACAACACACCUUUGCGCUUUAGGCUUGGCUUUGUUGAUGACAUAUUCUGCAGUUAAGCUGUUAACUGUCUACUGGCACUGCAGGUAAAUUGGCCUGAAUGAAAAGUAAAAACUUGACGGGCCGAUUGAAGACCUCUGUCUUUCCUCACCUGUAGUUGAUCUGUAGAGAAUGAAGUGGCGAGAGGAUGAGUCAUGAGUCGUGGUGUAUCUGGUAGUUGUGAUGAGCAUUGCAUUUAGUUGUGUGAUCAUCUUUGCUUAUUUAUGCUUUGGGUCAAGGGCUUGCUGAUUACAGUCUAAUCAUGAUCUAUAAGUUAAGUAUAUUUAUAUGGAGUUAUAUAUUUAUAUACACUGGUAAAUGCUUGGCUGGUUACAAUGUCAAUUACCAUACUCUUUGAUUAUUUAUAUCUGUGUUCUCUUGUGGCCAUAAAUAACACAUAAUUUGUUCUUUGCUUUGUUUUUCCACCUAAUAGUGCUUUUAUAUUACUACUAUAUAUUAGUUCCAAACAUUCACUGUACCCAGAAUGAAGAGAAUGAAUGGACGUUAUAUUUAUACAUAAUACAUGAUACACAUCACUGCAAUAUUCAGAAAAUAAAGACACUUGAAGAUACGUGGACAACCGUUCUCCUCCUUAUUUGCUUUUUGAUAUGAAUGUCUGUGUUCAUGCAGGAUAUUGAGUCUGUUAUGCCUUCAGUCGUGCAGAGGAGUUACUUUGAAAUGGAAGAACAAGCAAAACAAAGGCUCGUACGUAAGCAACACAAUUGACUGUACCACAUAAAGUGAAAUCGCACAAUAAGAGGCAGAGCCACCAAACCAGUUCUGCCAAGACAGUGCAGGAAUGAAUACCCAGCAGCUUUACUUUCCCUACUGC